AAGCAGUCCGCAAGCUCGUCUCAUUUCUACCCGGUGUCGGUAAAAUUCCUAUAGAUGAAAUUUACAUUACAGCAGUGCAUCCACGAUUUUGAUUUGUAAUGAUGUGAAAGGGCGGCAGGUCACUAUCUCAAAAUCAAAGCGUUUCAAUAGUAUUUAGAACAUAAAUGGAGUAAGUGAUGGAACUUGACUCAAUUGAGGCAAUUUUUCCAUCAAGUACGGUAAUUAAUACCAAUUACUCAAUGUGAUUAUGAAUAGAGGAUUGAAGCAAAAAUUUGAAGGGAACAUCUGAGAAGGCCCGGCGGGAGUGCUCGUGCUUGACCUGCUCCUCCAGGUGGUGGACCAGCUAGUGAUUGUCUUUGGUGGUUCGUUUGGUGAAAAAUUUAUCUCUCGGAACUUAAGUUCCAGUGGUAUCCUGGUCUUAUAUACCUCGGUGUUUUAGUCUUCAUGCUAGGAGUUCUGAAGCGGCGCUGGAAGCCUUCAAAAAGGGCUUCCAGUGUCCGUGGUUCUGAUUCACCCCUCAGUUCCGAGCUUGCCCUAGACAAACCUCGUCCAAUACCAUCACCCCGACAAAUUCAUCCCCUAUAUGGCGAGAAAGCUGGGCUUUUGGGGUAUUACGACACAGUCGGUAAUACGGAGAAUUUUCCACCCGCUCCGAAUAUUGUUGUUGAGGGUGGAAGAAUCGAGUUUGUAAGGCCAUCGCAUGAUGGCACCACAACGACACGAAGAAAUACAGUAUCACGUGGAUCACAGACAUUCAUUGAACAACCAGAAAAGUCUGAUCCAGCCAAGGAGUGUUUGGAGGAGAGGGUCCUUGAACUGGAGAAGCUAUUGCAGAAUGAGAGGGCCGCAGCGCAACGAGAUCGGGCCACUAUCACUAAAUUGCAGCGUCAAAUCAACAAGAUUGGAUUCUUCAAGCCACCGGUUAUGCUUUUGGCGAAUUUCCAGGAUAAUACUCAUGAGGCAAUGAAUUCUUCCGAAUUAUUCUUGGAGUGAAAAUAUUACCAUUACCUUUGGCAAACUCAUUGAAUACUGAUAUCAUUU